CUGAAUCAACAUCUGGUCCUAAGUUCCACAGCGAGCACUGUGGAGCUCGGUCUGUGGCGCAGAGCUGAGAGCAGCGCGAGGAGACAGUGAUGUUCAGACUGAGAAGGUGUAGCUGUUUUCCCGGGAGUCGCUUCGAGCCGAGUCUGGCGCGGAGGAGCGAGAGGGAGGGAGGGACAGAGAGAGGCUCUCCGGGGAAGAAGUGACGGUGUAAUGCAGUAACUGGGUCGUUUAGCGGGGCUCUCCGAGCAGCGAAAACAAACAGCGGCCGCGCGGACGGUGAGGUGACGUUUACAGCGAGGGAGCCGCGCGCCAGCACUUUGCGCUGCUGGAGUUGGGAUGCGUCGUUGUGCUCGGCGAUGAAGGACAGUCCCGGGGCUCCUCCGAGUUUCCGUGCGGUCAGAAUGAGCGCCUAGAGUUCACUUUAUUUUGCGGCGAUGGCUUCGGCUUCAACAGCUCAGCACGAGACGAGGAAGUUCACGCGCGGGCUGAGCAAACCGGGCACCGCCGCGGAGCUCCGGCAGAGCGUCUCCGAGGUGGUGAGGACCUCGGUACUCGUGGUGAAGCCGAAGGUGAUUGAGCCGCUGGACUAUGAGAGUGUUUUGGUGCAGAGAAAGACUCAGAUCCUCAGCGAUGUUCUGCGGGACAUGCUGCAGUUCCCCAUCGACGACUUUCAGAUGUCGACUCUGAAGCGGCAAGGAAGGACUCUGCACCCCACCGUCCCUGAGGGAGCGGAGAAGAGGGCCACCAGCCUGUUCGUCCAGGAGUGCAUCAAGACUUACAACUCAGACUGGCAUGUGAUUAACUACAAGUAUGAGGAUUAUUCUGGAGACUUCCGCCAGCUGCCCAAUAAAGUUUCUCGGCCGGAGAAGCUGCCCACUCACGUGUUCGAGGUGGACGAGGAUGCAGACAAAGAUGAGGACGCAGCAUCUCUGGGUUCUCAGAGAGGAGGUGUGGCCAAGCAUGGCUGGCUUUACAAAGGCAAUAUGAACAGUGCCAUUAGUGUCACGAUGAGGUCAUUUAAGAGACGAUAUUUCCAGCUGGCCCAGCUGGGGGAUGGAUCAUAUAACCUGAACUUCUAUAAGGAUGAGAACAUCUCCAAAGAGCCUAAAGGGACCAUAUUUCUUGACUCCUGCAUGGGGGUAGUGCAGAACAGUAAGGUGAGGCGGUUUGCUUUCGAGCUGAAGAUGCAGGAUAAGAGCACAUACCUGCUGGCUGCAGAUAGCGAGGCCGAACUGGACGACUGGAUCAGCACCCUCAACAAGAUCCUGCACAGCAGCUUCGAACUGGCCAUGCAGGAACGCAGAAACGGAGAGCUACACGACGAUGACGAUUUAGGAAAGCCAGAAAUCUCUUCUGGGAAUUUCCAGGACAGUUUUCAGAGCGCCAGAGACAUCGAGUCCAAGAUGCGCAGCGAGACUCGUCUGAAGCUCUUCAUGCUGGAUCCGGACACACAGAGGCUGGAUCUGUCAGGCAUUGAGCCGGAUGUGAAGCAGUUUGAGGAGAAGUUUGGCAAGAGAGUUCUGGUCAGCUGUAAUGACCUGUCCUUCAACUUACAGAGCUGUGUGGCUGAGAAUGAGGAGGGGCCAACUACUAAUGUGGAGCCCUUCUUUGUAUUGCUGUCACUGUUUGACGUGCAGAACAGCAGAAAGAUCUCUGCUGAUUUUCACGUGGACCUGAAUCACCCAUUAGUGCGCUCCAUGAUCUCUCCGUCCAGCGUUGUGAUUAACGGAGCUGUGGACACUUCACACAUGUCCACGCAGCUCAACGGGCUGCCAGAGGGGGCACUGCAGUACCCCACACAGGGAGUGUUCUCGGUGACGUGCCCGCACCCCGAUAUCUUUCUGGUGGCACGGAUUGAGAAGGUCCUGCAAGGGGGCAUCACACAUUGUGCUGAGCCUUAUAUGAAGAGCUCAGACUCUGCCAAGGUGGCUCAGAAGGUGCUGAAGAACUCCAAGCUAGCCUGCAGUCGGCUGGGCCAGUACAAGAUGCCUUUCGCGUGGGCAGCCAGGCCCGUGUUCAAAGAUGCCUCAGGGACUCUGGACAAAAGUGCCCGCUUCUCCGCCCUUUACCGGCAAGACAGCAAUAAACUGUCAGAUGAAGACCUCUUCAAACUGCUGGCUGACUUCAGGAAACCUGAGAAGAUGGCCAAGCUUCCUGUCAUCCUGGGUAACCUGGAUGUAACCAUCGACAGUGUCGCUCCUGAUGUGACCAAUUGUGUUACUCCAUCCUACAUCCCUGUGCGGCCCUAUGAGAACAAUGGGCACGGCGGUGGGCCUCUGCUAGAGGUGGAGGAGUUUGUACCCUGCAUUGCUAAGUGCUCGCAGCCCUUCACCACCUACAACAACCACCUCUACGUCUACCCCAAACACCUCAAAUAUGACAGCCAGAAGUCCUUUGCCAAGGCGAGGAACAUUGCAGUAUGCGUUGAGUUCAGGGAUUCUGACGAGGAGGAUGCACAGCCGCUUAAGUGUAUCUAUGGUCGUCCAGGGGGGCCUCUUUUCAGCAGGCAGGCAUACGCAGCAGUGCUGCAUCACCAGCAAAACCCAGAGUUCUGUGAUGAGAUCAAGAUUGAGCUGCCAACUCAGCUGCAUGAGAAGCAUCACCUGCUCUUCACCUUUUACCACAUCAGCUGUGACAGCAGCACCAAGAAGCGGGACGUGGUGGAGACACCAGUGGGCUCUGCCUGGCUGCCUCUGCUUAAAGAUGGCCGAGUCAUCAUGAGUGAGCAGCAGAUUUCUGUAGCGUCUAACUUACCUGCAGGCUAUCUGAGCUGCCAGGAGGGGCUUAACAAGCACUCUGGUCCAGAGGUAAAAUGGGUGGACGGAGCUCGUCCCCUCUUCCGAGUGUCAACACACCUGGUCUCCACAGUCUACACUCAGGAUCAGCACCUUCAUAAUUUCUUCCAUCACUGUCAGAAGAUGGAGUCAGGGUCAGCCCAGGCCACUGAAGGAGAGCUGGUCAAGUACUUGAAGAGUCUCCACGCCAUGGAGGGUCACGUGAUGAUUAAUUUCCUGCCAACUAUUCUAAAUCAGCUGGUGCGUGUUCUUACGACGGCCAAUCAUGAGGACGUGGCAGUCAACACCACCAGGGUCAUGGUCCACAUAGUUGCCCAGUGUCAUGAGGAGGGUCUCGAACAUUACCUCAGAUCUUAUGUGAAGUACGUGUUUAAGACUGAACGCUACUCGGCCACUAACAGUAAAACAGUGCAUGAGGAGCUGGCCAAAGCCAUGACCGCCAUCUUAAAGCCUUCCACUGAUUUCCUCACCAGCAAUAAGCUCCUCAAGUACUCCUGGUAUUUCUUUGAGGCCUUAGUAAAGUCCAUGGCGCAGCAUUUGAUAGAAAGCGGGAAAGUUAAACUGUCCAGGAACCAGCGCUUUACUGCUUCCUUCCACCACGCGGUGGAGACUCUGGUGAACAUGCUGAUGCCACACAUCACCCAGAAAUACAAAGACAACCUAGACGCUGCCCGCAAUGCCAACCACAGCCUUGCCGUCUUCAUCAAGCGCUGUUUCACAUUUAUGGAUCGUGGAUUUGUUUUCAAGCAGAUCAACAACUACAUCAACUGCUUUGUGCCUGGAGACCCCAAGACGCUGUAUGAGUUUAAGUUUGCGUUUCUGAGGGUGGUGUGCAACCAUGAGCACUUCGUUCCACUGAACCUGCCCAUGCCCUUUGGGAAAGGCAGGAUAAUGCGCUUUCAAGACCUGCAGCUGGACUACUCCCUGACCGAUGACUUCUGUAGGAAUCACUUUCUGGUCGGGCUCUUGCUGAGGGAGGUGGGCGGAGCCCUGCAGGAGUUCGGAGAGAUCCGUCAGAUUGCCAUCCAUGUGCUCAAAAGCCUGAUGAUCAAACACACAUUUGAUGAACGUUAUGCCUCAAAGAGUCAGCAGGCUAGGUUAGCGACUCUCUACUUGCCUUUGUUUGGGCUGCUUCAGGAGAAUGUACACAGACUCAAUGUGAGAGAGACGUCCACCAGUCAGAACGGGAAAGAAGAACCUGUCUCCAACAUUGCUGCUGCAACACCACACAAGCCUGCUGGAAGCCUUGACACCAGUCUGCAUAAAGACGUGUUUGGCGUCAUCUCUGGCACAGCUUCCCCCCACACCUCCACACCUAACAUCAGCGCGGUCCGUCACGCCGACUCCCGCGGCUCUCUGGUCAGCACGGACUCGGGAAACAGCCUUCCAGAGAAGAACAGUGAGAAGAGCAGCUCCCUGGAUAAGACUCAAUCCGCGUCUGCUCUUGGGAGCUCCAUUCUGCGCUGUGACAAACUAGACAGAGAAGAAAUAAAGAACUUGCUCAUGUGCUUUCUGCAUGUACUCAAGAGCAUGUCUGAGGAUGCUUUAUUUACAUACUGGAACAAAGCCUCUCCCUCUGAGCUGAUGGACUUCUUCACUCUGAUAGAAGUGUGUGUCCAUCAGUUUAGGUAUAUGGGGAAGAGGUUUAUUGCCAGGAGUCAGGAAGCGAUUGGAUUUCUGGUUCCAGACAGGAAGUCGUUAACUCUUCCUGUGUCUCGUAACAGAGCAAGCGUCCUACACACGCGUUUACACCAGCUCGGCAGCAUGGAGAACGCACACACUUUUAACCACACGUACGGCCAUGGCGAUGCUGAAACGUGUCUGUUAGAGGGCAACAUUUCCACUGAAGUCUGUCUGACUGUGCUGGACACCCUCAGUAUCUUCAUCAUGGGCUUUAAGACUCAGCUGUGUGCUGAUUUGGGCCACAAUCCACUGAUGAAGAAAGUGUUCCAGGUGCACCUGUGUUUCCUGCAGAUCCCACAGUCAGAAACAGCACUAAAGCACGUCUUCACUUCACUGCGCACCUUCAUAUACAAGUUCCCAUGUACGUUUUUCGACGGCCGGGCUGAUAUGUGCGCCUGCCUGUGUUAUGAGAUCCUGAAGUGCUGUAAUUCUAAACUGAGCUCCAUCCGCAGCGACGCAGCCCACCUGCUCUACUUCCUCAUGAAGAGUAACUUCGACUACACCGGCAGGAGGUCCUUCGUCCGCUCUCACCUUCAGGUGGUGAUAGCAGUUAGUCAGCUGAUAGCUGAUGUCAUUGGGAUUGGGGGGACACGGUUCCAGCAGUCUCUGUCCAUCAUCAACAACUGUGCCAACAGUGACAAGACUGUGAAGCACACUGCAUUCCCCUCAGAUGUGAAGGAUUUGACAAAGAGGAUCAGGACAGUGCUGAUGGCCACAGAGCAGAUGAAGGAGCAUGAGAAGGACCCUGAGAUGCUGGUUGAUCUGCAGUACAGCCUGGCCAAGUCCUACACCAGCACACCGGAGCUGCGCAAGACCUGGCUGGACAGCAUGGCCAAAAUCCAUGUGAAGAAUGGAGACCUGUCAGAGGCAGCAAUGUGCUAUGUCCAUGUGGCAGCCCUGGUGGCAGAAUACCUAAAGAGAAAAGGAAUGUUCCGUCAGGGCUGCUCGGCGUUCCGUGUCAUCACUCCCAACAUCGACGAGGAGGCGGCCAUGAUGGAGGACGUGGGCAUGCAGGACGUGCACUUCAAUGAGGAGGUAUUGAUGGAGUUGUUAGAGGAGUGUGCUGAUGGUUUAUGGAAGGCUGAACGUUACGAGCUCAUCUCUGACAUCUACAGACUCAUUAUCCCCAUCUACGAACAGCGCAGGGACUUUGAGAAACUGGCUCACUUGUAUGACACGUUACAUCGGGCCUACACUAAAGUCAUGGAGGUGAUGCACUCUGGGAAACGGCUGCUGGGCACAUUCUUCAGAGUGGCCUUUUUUGGUCAGGCUGCGGGUUUCUUUGAAGAUGAAGAUGGGAAGGAGUAUAUCUAUAAGGAGCCCAAAUUUACACCUCUGUCUGAGAUCUCACAACGACUGCUCAAACUCUAUUCUGACAAGUUCGGCCAGGAAAACGUCAAAAUGAUCCAAGACUCUGGAAAGGUUAAUCCUAAGGACUUGGAGGCCAAAUUUGCCUACAUCCAGGUGACGCACGUGACUCCCUACUUGGAAGAGAAAGAGCUGGAAGAGAGACGCACCGAUUUUGAGAGGAGCCACAAUAUACGGCGCUUUGUGUUCGAAACGCCAUUCACUGUCUCAGGCAAAAGGCAUGGCGGUGUGGACGAGCAGUGCAAGCGCAGAACUGUGCUCACCACCACUCAUUGUUUCCCAUAUGUAAAGAAGCGAAUAGCAGUCAUGUAUCAGCACCAUACAGACCUGAGUCCUAUAGAGGUGGCUAUAGACGAAAUGAGCAGUAAAGUGGCAGAGCUGAAAGCGCUUUGUGCAGCAGCAGAGGUCGACAUGAUCCGGCUGCAGCUCAAACUGCAGGGCAGCAUCAGUGUACAGGUAAACGCUGGGCCACUUGCUUACGCGAGAGCUUUCCUUGAUGAUGCUUGCGCCAAGAAAUACCCUGACAACAAAGUCAAACAGCUCAAAGAGGUCUUCAGGCAGUUUGUGGAGGCGUGCGGCCAGGCCCUGGGAGUGAAUGAGCGGCUGAUAAAGGAGGAUCAGCAAGAGUAUCAUGAUGAGAUGAAGGCCAGUUACAGAGACCUGGCCAAAGAGCUGUCACUCAUCAUGCAUGAACAGAUAUCCACAGUUGAAAACGGAACGAAGAGCUCCCUCUCUGAUUCGCUGCACAUCUUCAAUGCGAUUAGUGGGACACCCAGUGGCUCCGCCCUCCACAGCCUACCCAGCUCCGCCUCCUCCAUGUGAUGUUUGACCUCAGCCUUCAUACUCUGACCUUGUCUGUAACUAGAGAGAGAAACAGAGAAAUGGAAGGAGUAAAAGAAUAAGUUAAUAUGACGCUGAGGAAGAAAACUUGAAACAUGAGGAUUACCCUCCCAUCCGCAUCUUGAACUUGAUGUCUCUCUAAAGUGUCUGUAUUCAGAGUGUCUGUUCUGGCAGUUAGUCCGGCUAGUUUCACGAACAAAAGUCAAAACCACUCGGCCAUGAGACGAAAACGAAGGUCUUAAAUGAAAUCGUUUUAUCCUUCAGUGUUGUAUCCUGUAGUAUAACUUGUCUGCUCUUGGCUGUUUCUUUUGGAGAUAUUCUAAGUUUAUAAAAUCUCCAGUCAGAACAUUUCUCUUUUUCUGUUUCUAUAUUUUGUUUGUGAUUGGAUAUCUGCAGCAGGUCCCACCAGAAGACAAGUUGUGUAAUCUUCUGUUUGUUCAUUCCAGACAGAAUGGCCAUAGUUCUAGUUUCGAUUAAGUAGAUUUGGGUCUUGCUAAACCAUGAUGAAUCUUGUUUUAUAUUCUCCCAUUAUCUUUACUUGUCAUUGCUGUUUUACACAGCUAGAGUCUACCAGCAGGGCCAACCAAAGUCACCAGAGGCAAUACAGCCGUCUUAGAAACCAAAUGUUAAUGGAUUACCGAAUUACUUUUGUAUUAAAUUCUCAACACCCCCGGCAAACUUUACCAGCUAUGUACAGGCAACUUAAAAUUACAAUUUUCAGCAAUCAUCCUGCUCAUGACACACUUACGACAUGUUGUAGACUCAGGCUUCACUUCCUCCUUUUUUCCUUUCUUCACAUAACCAGAAAUGUACUUGCUGCUAUGUGAAGGAUGACCAGGCAUGGGCAUCAACUGUAGUGGCUUAUUCUACAUGCUGAAUUAAGUGUCCCCAGACUUAACCAAACCAUAGACCUAAGCUCUUCCCUAGAAAAGUAUUGAGUCUUAGUGUUUAGCUUCACAUGCUUGUGAUCUUGCAUAAGAUUUAAAUACUAGCCUGGACACUUCUACAGAGGUAAGCAUUCAUCCGAUCAGCCAACCAUGCCAGUAGCAAGUAGCAAGCUCUUAGAAACUGUCUGUCUUGAUGAGAUUUGUUUAUGCUUUGAGUGGAAAUGACAUAAAACGAAGGAGGAAGUGCUAUUACGAUCCGUUCUCUAUAAAUAAGGAGUGCAAUAUACGUCUUACCAUGUGCUUUUCUUAUUUUGUUAAUGAUCUCUUGCCAAAGAGGAAAGGCGAGCUGUGGAGUACAUGGAUAAAGGCGACCGCAUUAGGAUUUUUAUACCCUUGUCUUGUUUGUUUAUUGUUCAUGUAAAUUGUUUUGUAUCUGGGAAAUCUGGGGGUAUUUUUAUUUAACGGAAUGUCAGAGUUCUGAAUUUGUGUAUGUAAUAUAUUAAUGUCCUUAAAGUUUUCUCUUUUUAAUUAAAUAAAAUUAUUGUCCUACAACA